AUGAGUCGUGCUCCCCCUGGUUCGAGCCCCAAAACACCUUUCUAUCGCAUCGCUCGCCCCAGAUCCAUCAUGAUAUCGUCACUCGCCAUCGUCCUUCUGGGACUUGCGUCCCUUGCAGCCCAUUCAUCGGCCCUGCUGCGACCCUUGGAGCACGUCGUCGAGUCGAUACCCGAAGACGACCUCAAUGUCGUGUCUACCGACCUUUCUCUGGGUCACGAUUGGAGCCCUGCGCCUGCGGCACAUCCAGCCUCGCCCCGGGUCGCCGUCGCUGGCGACGUUGCAUCGAGCUCAAGGGGCGUUUCAGUACACGACGGGACAGCAUCGCUGCCGCCACCUGGGUUGUCUCGAGAAGAGAUCUCUCGACUGAUCGACCAGGCGAUUGCGGACAACGCCGCGGCGGACUCGGAUGUGAAUCAUCACUCACCUUACGGAUACGUGGGGUCUUCCUCUCACUCCGCACCCUCGGCGCCUCCUCUCGCAGAGUCGAGCGACACCGAGCGCUCAGCAUCCGAUCCAAGUCUCCUUCAUGCCACAUCAAACACAGUCCCAUUCUCGCCGCGCAUCGAUCUGCACUUCUCCCGAGAUCCCAUCUUCGGUCAAGCCAUCGCGCUCCCCUCCCGCCUCACCUACAUCCCCUCGCCCUGGAUGGAGGACGUCUACUCGCGCAUCUGCGCCUUUGUCCGUCACCGCUCCGCUUUUCGUACCACCCCCGAGCCCGUCCCCGCCCCGAUGGUCGAGUUGAUCGAUUCGCAAGCGGCGACGAUCUUCGCCAAACGUGGAGAGGUGUACCUUCUUCCCAUCCCGGUCGAAUGGUUGCGCCCCCACGGCGUGGAGGUGGGGAUGGAGGUGUUGAUGCGAUACCAUCAACAUCUGCGUUGGCCCAAGGAGGAGAUUUCCCGUAUCGUGACGGUUUGGGUGUCCGCAGAUAAGGGUGGGUCGCUCGCAUUGGUCGGAACGUUUCAUAUGCCAGAAACGGGGUAUAGGUCGUUGAGGUUGAGGUUUCCGGGGCUGAAGGUGUGGGAGGUCAGACAGGUGGCGCCGGACAGAAGCCGAUCUGGACUGUUCCUCGUGCCUAAGACGUAG